AUGAUUAAAGCCAUUUUGGUAAUCAACAACCAUGGAAAACCUAGAUUACUAAAGUUUUAUCAACAUUAUUCUGAGGAAAUGCAACAACAGAUAGUUAGAGAAACAUUUCAAUUAGUUUCUAAACGCGACGAUAACGUUUGUAACUUUCUGGAAGGAGGAACUCUCAUUGACGGAAAUGAUUAUCGACUCAUCUAUCGUCACUAUGCUACUCUAUAUUUCAUCUUCUGUGUAGACUCCUCCGAGAGUGAGUUGGGUAUUCUUGAUCUCAUCCAAGUUUUUGUCGAAACUCUGGACCGUUGUUUUGAAAAUGUUUGCGAGCUUGACCUCAUUUUUCACGUCGACAAAGUUCAUCACAUCCUCAGUGAAAUAGUUAUGGGAGGAAUGGUGUUGGAAACGAAUAUGAACGAAAUCCUUAUGCGGAUUCAAGAGCAAGAAAAACUACAAAAGCAGGAAGCUGGAAUUUCCGCUGCUCCUGCUCGAGCUGUAUCAGCCGUAAAAAACAUGAAUCUACCUCAACAGCUGAAAGAUAUGAAGUUACCUGAUUUGCCGGGAUUAUCGAAUCUGAAGAAUGCAUUCUAG